AUGAGAAUAGUUCCAAACGUGCGUUUCAGCAUCCUGGUGACGACGUUUGCUGAGGCCAGCGAGCAGCCCGCGGAUGUGGAGGAGUCGGCGGUCGGCGCGGACGCGGCGGCGGAGCGCGAGGCGCCGUCGACGUGCGCGUCGGCGCAGCCGCUGCCGGUGCGCAGCUUCUGCCGCGCCUUCCCCUGGCACCUGGUGCUGGACGCCGAGCUGCGCCUCACGCAGCUCGGCUCCGGCUUCGCGCGCCUGCUGGCGCCCCUCCGUCCGCUCGCCGACCCGCCGCCGCCGCUGGCGGACCUGUUCUCGGUGCGCCGGCCGCGCGGCCUGCCUCUGCGCUUCCGGGACCUGGCGGCGCGCGCCAACUCCACGUUCGUGCUGCAGCUGCUGAAACCGGAUAGCACAGGAGACGAGGUACUGGCGGAAGGCCUGGAGCUGAAGGGCCAGAUGGUGCCGUGUCCAGAGUCCGGGUCGCUGCUGUUCGUGGGCUCGCCCGACCUGGACGGGCUGGAGGGCCUCACCAGCCACGGGCUCUUCAUCUCGGACAUCCCGUUGCACGACGCCACGAGGGACGUCAUCCUGGUGGGCGAGCAGGCGCGAGCGCAGGACGGACUGCGGCGGCGCAUGGACAAGCUGAAGGGUCGCAUCGAGGAGGCGAACCGCGCCGUCGACGCCGAGCGCCAGAAGAACGUCAGCCUGCUGCACCUCAUCUUCCCGCCGCACAUCGCUCGCCGCCUCUGGCUCGGUAAAACCAUCGAAGCGACGACGCACGACAAUGUGACGAUGCUGUUCAGCGAUAUCGUCGGCUUCACGUCCAUCUGCUCCAACGCCACGGCCAUGAUGGUCAUCAGCAUGCUCGAGAGCCUGUACAGCCAGUUCGAUGUCUUCUGCGGCCAGUUGGAUGUUUAUAAGGUGGAGACGAUAGGAGACGCCUACUGCGUGGCCGGCGGGCUGCACAAGCAGUCUUCCACGCAUGCGCAGCAGAUCGCGUGGAUGGCACUGCUCAUGAUCGAGACGUGCGCCGCGCACCGCACGCACGACGGCCAGCCCAUCAGGAUGCGCGUCGGUCUGCACACGGGCCCAGCGCUGGCUGGUGUGGUGGGGCGCGUGAUGCCUCGCUACUGCCUGUUCGGCCACCACGUCACCAUGGCCAACAAGUUCGAGUCGAGCAGCGAGCCGCUGCGGGUGAACGCCAGCCCCACCACCUACCAGUGGCUGUCGCAGACGGAGGGCUUCCAGUUCGAGGCGCGGCCGCGAGAGUGCCUUCCGCGGGGCUUCCCCGACGACGUGGAGGGCACGGCGCACUUUGUGCUGGGCUACUGCCACCCUUCUCUGCCCGCCGACCGGCCUCUGGUUGAGCACAUCGACACCGCCCAGCGAGAGCUGCUGGGGCGCUGAAUACCGGCCACACUGCUCGUCCUGGUGUGGCGACACGCGGGAACCCUUCCAGCAACACGAGGAGCGCGCUUCUGUCUGGACAGUGGAACUACAGCGCCAAAGUGCAUCAGGGAACUGUAUCACAUUGAAUACGUCGAUGGAGAAAAAAGGAACACCGCCAAACGAUAUGUAAACAGGGUGUAUCAUAAUCAGUAGCCAAAACUGACGCAGGUGAAAGUAUAUGACAGCAGUGCUGUAUUCUCGUCGCGACUGUAAAGUCUUGUACCAUAGUAAUCAAGGGAGAGGCUGUUGUUUGGUGGCCUGUAUCCUCUUUCUGCAAAACAACUACACACAUGUAUUCUCUAUUUACUUGAACAGAAAGCUACCUAUCUUGAGAGAGUCCAUGUAUUGUGGUACAAGCUCUUCUGUAACAGUCCACGUUAGCCUCAGUGCUGGUGAAGUACACAUCUCACUAUGCAAUGAAUGACAGGUGCAGAAAUAGGAUGGAGUUAGUACGCCAGUGACUGAGCGACUGUGCAUGUGACUUAGACUAACAAAGAGAGGCCACGACGUUUGGAACGCGGAUUUACUGUAAACUUCGCAC